AUGAUCUGGCUUGUCAACAUUCACAACGGCAAGCUGGAAAAGUUUCAGAAUGACUUUCCGCGCUACGCUAUUCUUUCUCACACAUGGGGAGAAGAGAAAGAUGAGAUACAUUUCAGCGAUAUUCAGAAGGACCACCAGCUAUCCAAGACCGGACCUGGCAGGAUAAAAUUCGAUGGAUGUUGCCAGCAGGCGAAAGCUGAUGGCUUCGACUACGUUUGGAUUGAUACCUGCUGCAUCGACAAAUCCCACCACACAGACUACUCAGAGGCAAUCACUUCAAUGUUUUCUUGGUAUCAUAAUGCUGGCCGUUGCUAUGCUUAUCUUGCCGAUGUGCCCGACCAGGCAACUUCGACGUUUGACAACGACUUCCGACGAAGCCGAUGGCAUACCAGAGGAUGGACUUUGCAGGAGCUCUUGGCCCCCCAAGACCUAGUCUUCUACAGUCAAAACUGGACCAAGCUAGGAGAUUUUCGGGAUGCAAGCGUUGCCCAGCGCAUGUCUUGGGCUGCCCGUAGAGUGACAACGAGAGGAGAAGACAUGGCUUACUGUCUUUUCGGUAUUUUCAACGUCAGUCUUCCGAUCAUGUAUGGAGAAGGGGCUUCGGCUGCAUUCAGCCGGCUACAGGAAGCCAUCCUCCAAAGAACACCAGACGCCUCAAUUCUAGCCUGGGGGCUUGAUUUGCAGCAAGACGGUCAUUCUUCUCAACGGCCGUCAAUCCGAUACGGACACCUUCUGGCCGCUAGCCCUCGGAACUUUGUUAAUUGUGGAACCGUGGUACCUUGGGAGAGCGGUCCCAGCGGACAACGCCUAGACGUGAACGGGGGCUACUAUUACUUACAACUUCCACUCCACACAACCAAGGCGGGAAGCACCUUUGGCUUGCUCAAAUGCUAUUCAAGGCCCCAAGAAAAAGGUUGCAUAGGAAUUCCUCUCUGUCAAGUUGAGCCUGGAUUGGAAACGGACGAGUUCAUGAGGCCGAAGGGAAGCAAAGCCAUACAGCUAUUUGACACAGAUUCUUCACACGAGCCGUCCGACUUGCGAAUUCGGGACCUCUCACUCCCCGAAGACAUCAAAAGGUUUGAUCAUAGGUACGGAUACAUCAUUGAAGUACCGGCCUCCAGCAGAUUGACCGUGUUCGAUGUUUACCCGAAAGACCGAUGGGACACGAGUAAGAAAUCUGGCAUCACUGGCGUUGACUUCCUACGCGACACUAAACAACUUUCAUGGAUCAGACUCCGGCACCAUGAGGAGCAAAGUCCAGACUUUGUCGUCAUGUUGGAAUUGGAAAUCAGCUCGUCGCAGCCGCAGCUAACAUGCCAUCUCAUGGUGGCCUCCAGGUCCAUGGAACUGGACACUCUUGCGCGUGAAAUCCCCGCUCUUCCUUCCCUCUCGCGGUUUACUGGAAGAGAAAGAGCUAGCAAUGGCUGGUGCAAUUUGACAGUUAAGCAAACAACCAAACGUCAAGGCGGCUAUGUCGUCUACGAAAUAUCGUUUGCUGAGUUGGAGAGACGACAAAUCGACUAUCUGGACAUUACCAGCGAGAUUGAAUUGGUCGCGUGUGAUCGUCGGCUUCAAUUUCUAUUUGAGGAGGGUAUUCAAUUAGGGCCAAAAGUCAACAGAGCAGCACAUUCAGUUCUGGAAAAACAGGCGGGCGUUAAGUACAAGGAAAUUCGACUUUCAUCAAUGAAGAAAGAGCUAGAGCGCUUGCCAUUGGAAAUGGCUGAAUCAGAAAGAUUCCUUAAAUCCCUCACCAACCAAGACGAAAGACUUCAAGAGAAAGAAAAUGGGAUACUCCAGUCAAUAUCCUCACUCAGCGAACGCUUACCAAUGGGUGUGGGAGUACAGAGGUUGAUGCAAUGGCACAAUUCAGUCGCCCAAAGCCUUUCCCGCACUUUGCCAGCUCAAGAUGCAGAUAUAGAGUCAAUUUUCGAUGAGAGGAUCAGGCUGUUCAUGCGGGCUAUUGCCAUAGGCCAUCUAGGAGCGAUGGAAUAUCUUUCUGGGCAACUGGAUGACGCCACCAAAUCCAGCACGAGUGCCGCAGCGUUGUCGACCGCCAUCAAGUCAAGCAACAUCGAAGCCCUCAUCUGGUUGCUUGAAAGAGGAUUCAACGUCAACUCUCAAGAUGGUGACGGACUGACUCCUCUCGGGAGAGCAGCAUCGGAGGGUUUAAUAUCAGUGUGUCUGUUGCUGCUACAGCGCAGGGAAGACAUUGGCCUAGAUAUCGACCUAGAAGGUUCUGAUGGUCGAAGCCCUCUUGCCUUGGCUGUGGUAAGCGAGCAUGUUGAGGUAGUCGGAUUGCUACUGAAUGAAAAGGCCAGCAUUAGCAACAUGGACUCAGACCAACAUGCCCUUACUCUAGCUGCUCGCUACGGUCGGGUUGAGAUCAUGCGCUUAUUGCUGGACGCAAACGCCGAUCUCGAAGCCGAAGAUGGAAAUGGAGAAACCCCAUUGACUAUGGCAGCUAGCAAAGGUCAUGACGGUGUAUUGCAAUUAUUGAUCGAUCGCAAAGCCAACAUUGAGGCUACUGGCCGCAAUGGCAGCACUCCCCUGGCCGUAGCAGCUUAUGAGGGUCAUGUGCGAAUUAGUCGUCUGCUACUUGAUCAUGGCGCGAAUGCGAACGCAAGAGAUGAUGACGGCAUCACGCCAUUGCACUUAGCAGCCAGAAAGAACCACCACCACGUGGUCAGGCUCCUUUUGGAUCACGACGCCAAUGUGGACGCCAAGGAUCAAUGGGGCUUGUCUCCAUUAGCAGCAGCUGCUUAUGAAGGCUUUGAACAGACGGCGCAGCUUUUGCUGGACAGGAAAGCUCACAUUGAGUCAACCACGAGCGAUGGAAGGACCCCUCUCAUAUGGGCAGCUGUCAAUGGACACGACCACAUGGUUCAGUUGCUCAUGAAUAAAGGUGCGGACCUUGGAGCCAGAGAAGUGGGCGGUCGAACUGUCCUGGAGCAUUGCCUGUUGCGAGACGGUAGUCGGCCGGGCCCGGGCCCGAGGCCCGAACCCCGGCCCGAAUCCCGUCUUUACGUAAGGGAUCGGCCACACCACUUUGUAGCCAGGCGCGCCCGGCGCUCGUAG